AUGCUCGUCUCGCAGCGUAUUGCGGCUCUGCAGCGACUGCAGCUCCGACUCCGCCGCGCUACAGGAGAUAAACAACAACAACAACAACACUAUGGAGAUACUGUACAGCAGAAACUUCUCUUUCGUCACAUUCCGAUUGCCUUGUCACUACUCGAGCGCAGUCUUCUUCCCAUAUUGGGAACGGGAAAAACACGACAGUCCACAUCUACUAUGGAAAACAAAUAUAUCCCGCUUUUCAAUAAGUUUGAAAGUCUUUCAACUCUAACAAAAGGUAGUGAGCAGCAAUCGUUAUCAAGUAAUAAUGUAGUCCUUAGUUAUGAUAGUAGUGAUAUGGUACAAAGGCCGGAAACAAACUCUGCAGCUGUAGAGUAUAUUACUUCUAAUUCUUCUUAUUCGUUACAACAAGUACAAAAACAAACUCAACAGCAAAGAAAACAUAUUUUGGGGUAUCCAAGUCAAAUGUUACACUUAUUUUCCUCUCUACACUUUCUAGAGCAAGAGAGACGAAAACUUUAUCGUCAUCAUUUAAAUCGAUUAGAAUCAAAACUGUUGGUGUCUGAAAAGGAACUGCAUUCUCAGCAAAAACGGCGACAAGAUGCUACUGUGUUAGCCGCCGCACGUCAGUCUGUUAGUGAGGUAAAAGCCGAUAUAGAGCUUCUUAGAGAUUCUCUUCUUUCACGCUCCUAUAUUUCAGCUAGACUUUGGCGGUUUCUAUUACGUGAAGAAAUAUGGCUUUCAGCGUUAAUGGAAUCUCAAGAAAAGAAAAAAGAUACAUAUGGUAGUAGUAUUGGUGUUGGGAAUACGAAAUCUGUUCUUUUAAUGCUUCUCUCUCUCACUCGUAUUAGUCUUGGUGUAUUGCAAGAUGUUUUGCAAGGACACUCACUUAACACUCGUGCCCCUCGCUUUGUGGCUUCACUUCCCUCACGUAAAAUAAGACAUGGAGUUAAAUCACAUACCUCUUUGAAAGAUACAGAGAAGCAGCAGAAGAAAGAUGAUGAUGAUGGAGUAUUGACAAAUGCGGUAAUAAAACCAACAACUCAUGUGGAGGAUAAUGAAGUAGAUGAUAUGAUGGCGAUGAUGAUGAUGAUGACAGAAACAACAACAACAACAGAAACAAUGACAUCUUCUGUAAAGGAUACCAUACCGAAGGAUAAAGAUAAUGAAAAAGAAGAGAAAUCACUAUCAUCAUCUUUAAUAACAUCUAAAACAGGUGUAAAAAACAAAAAUGAAAAGGCAGCACUCAUGCGGUUGCGUUGGUUACCUCCAUCAUCUUGUGAUGCUAUUCCGUUGGUACUUGAGACAUUAGCGAUGUGUUCUCAUGUUCUCUCUGCACUUGAUAACCACAACACAUUAUUAUUAUUAUCAAACCUUGAAGAAGCAACAGAACUGUUUGAACUUCUCUCAGUUCUUCAAACUACUGCCUCAUUGCUCUUAGCAUUGCCUGUUGAUGAACACUCUUCUGAGGUUACUUUACAUCGUACACUGCAUCAUUUGGAGGAUACUAUGCUGAAAUGUGCCAAUAGUGCGAAGGAAGCUCUCAUCACGCAAAUGAAUGGUGAAAUGGAACCUUUGCCUCCUGUUAAAGCUGCACGUCUCUUACUUGGUUUGAACUCUAUGCAACUUAUUCACACAGAGGAACGAGUCUCGCAACAGCUACUCACACAAUUUGUCUUGCAAAUAUUUCCACAACUCUCAACAGGGACACAAAGGGCGUUACUUGAGAAAUCGAGACAAAAUUCUCUCUUUGCCUUCGCAACAAGAGGACAACGAGCAAAGUUAUACCGUGAUCAUAGUCGACAGGAAGUGGAGAGUACUCUCUUAAAUUCCGUCCGAGUUCGUGCUCGUUUACAACAGCGACAAAUGCAGGCAGCACUUCGUACAAAGUAUCUUGAAUCUGUUAAUAACAGAAGUGUUGGACAAUUGGCAGAUAGUCUUCCUGUAUAUUCUCUUAUUUCUCUACUCCACCUCUUAGCACGAACUGCAAAUGAUACAGAAAGACGAAUGGAAGUAGUAGAUGCACAAGGACGUUUGAUAACAGCUGCCCUUUUUGUUGCAGAAGCUAUUAUGAUAGCAGGAGCUCAUCGUUCUUCUUCUUCUUCUACGGAUGAGAACGCCUCACUGAUGUUAUUACCAAGUGAUUUACCACCUCUUCUUUCAGCUCUUAGUGUACUUUGGCAACUUUCAUCCGAGCGAUAUCAAUUAAUGCGGCAUUCAAAUAAUAGUCAUAACAUUCGUCAGUCAAAACGGAUGAAACAAGAAAUAAUGAGUGAUUCAGUGGCAAAAUCAGAAUUUAUUAUGGUCUCCUAUAUCACAGAAGUUGUUUUUAAUGCGGUGAAUGCUGCCAUCUCCGAACGUGUGGAAAGGGCAGAGGCAGAGGCAGAGGUAGUAAUGUCAGUAGCGAAAGGGAAAGAAAUGGAUGGAAAUCACCUACUCUCUUUGAAGGAUAUGAUUGCCGUUAUUGCGGCACUUUCCGAGUGGUGUGAUCUCCCACCUAACAAGAAAAGUACCGCCAACGUGGAGACUUCUGCUCGUCUCAUAAAGCGAUUACUAAUUUCUGAUGUACAAUUGUGGAGUGAGUUGCGUGGUUUAAGUGAAUCGCGACGUGAGGCAUUUUUGUCAACAUUACGUGAUGUUAUGCGUCGAUCAAACAUGAUGGAUGCAGUUGUUUCAAAAGCACUCUCAGCAAUUUGUUGA